AUGGACAGCAUUCACCAGCUGCGCUUGGAGCUACCCAACACGAUCGAUGAGCCUGAUGUUGAAGAGCCGAUCAACGGUAGGGAAGACAUGGUCGAUCACUUUAUUCUCGGCUUACCAGUCCCACUCUCAAAAGAUACCAUUUUGUCACGGUAUAUGCCAUCACAGAAGGAAGCCGAGCAACUUCUUGGAACUUACUUCGGAGGUGGCACCUUUAUCCAGCCAUUUAUUCAUGCACAACAGUUUCAACGAGAAUACCACACUUUCCAACACGGCCAGUUCCAUACAGCCUCUGGGUUCUGGCUUAGUAUCCUAUUCUCUAUCUUCUCAAUCGCUGCCUUUGUUCGUGAAGGAACAGGACCAGAGGAAACAGCGCACAAAUCAAGCCAUAAAUUCCAUACUGCAGCAGGACAAUGUUUGGUGCUUGGUAGGUAUUAUGAUACUCGGCAAAACGCCCCGGAAGCAUUACUCUUGUACGCCCACUGCAAAGGCCUUAGGAGUCUUGAUCCUAGCCGCGAGUGUGGUGCCAUCGUUUGCAUGGCCGUACGACACGCAUACGAAUUAGGAUACCAUCGUGAUCCCGACAAUUUCGGCAGGUUCACGGUGUUCGAGGGUGAGAUGAGGAGACGCUUCUGGGCUUGCUGCAAGCAGGUGGACACCAUGGUCUCUUUUCAACUCGGGCUUCCAAAUAACAUUAUUCUCGAUAAUUGCGAUACCAAGUCUCCUCUAAACUUACUGGACUCUGAUUUCAACUCCGACGUUCAAAUUCUUCCCCAACCCCGACCAGAAAGCGAGCCGACCCCGAUUUUGUGGUUCAUUGUUAAAGACAGGUUAAUGCCGGUAUUUGCCAGAAUAUGUCAAGCCGUGCUGUCUUUGCGUCUCAAGAGCGAGAUACAAGUCAUGGAGUUGGAUGCGGAGGCGAGAAAGGCAUAUGCGACAAUCCCGGACAUCCUGCGAUGGCGCCCUGUGUCCGAAUCCAUUACGGAUCCAUCCUUCUUGAUCAUGUCUCGACUUUUCCUUGAGCUGCUGUACCUCAAAGGCUUAUGCAUCCUGCACCUGAGAUACAUGGUACGUGGUAGCGCCAAUUGCAUUCUUCAAUGUAUUCAGGCCGCUUGUAGCAUCGUACGAAGUAUCGCCGAUAUUCACUACGCAUUUCGACCUGAUGGCCAUCUCCAAGCGGUGAGCUGGAUGUUUAACAACUACGUUAUGACCGAUUUCUUACUAGGUGCGAGCACCCUUUGCCUUCACGUCAACUUGGACCAUCGAAGAAGAGCCUACCGGAAUCCGAUGAUGCCCACGUUGGAAGAAAUCUCCUUGCUUCUCAAAAGAGCUCACUCUAUCUGCGUUGACAAAUCCUUGUCUAGCACCAACGCGAAGAAGGUGGGACAGGCCAUAGAGCGUACAUUAGAAUCAGCACAGAGCAACCUAUCUGUUUCGCUACAGCCAACAGCAGCAUCAGUAACAGAAUCCCAGCAGCAACCAACAAUAGGCAUCCCAGUACCAGGACUCACGGACUGGCCUAUUGACUAUACUGAUCGGGAUUCAUCCUCAGAGUAUCAGUUCACCUUUAGUGAUCUCGAUCCUUUCAAUUUCAUAAGCAACGGGUUUAUAGAUAUCGAGCAAUUCUAUAAUACGGACACAUUCGCUGAGGACUUCAACGUUGCAAGAUAA